AAUCAGCGAUAAUAAUCAAAGCACAAUACCGUGUCUCGAAGCUGGAAAAUCUGUUUAGGAACGUGAACGCGCUCUAUUAUUUCACUCGUAUAUGGUUUUGAUGCUGUGAAUUCCUUUUCCGGUUUAGCCACACGGUGAAAUCAUGCCUCUCGCAAAGGAUCUCUUACAUCCAUCACCAGCGGAGGAGAAGCGAAAGCACAAGUUAAAGAGGCUUGUGCAGCAUCCUAAUUCAUAUUUUAUGGAUGUCAAGUGCCCCGGCUGCUACAAGAUAACAACAGUGUUCAGCCAUGCACAGAGUGUAGUUGUAUGUGCAGGAUGUUCAACUAUCUUGUGUCAACCAACAGGGGGCAGAGCGAGACUGACAGAAGGUUGCUCGUUUAGGAGAAAACAACACUAAAACGAUGUCCCCAAGAUGAAGCCUUCAACGACGCACGGGGGGGAAUGGUAUAUUUACCAGGCUGUUCAUAUGUUGCAGAACUAAAGAAUUGUUUAACUUUUUUUAAUACUGUAAUAAUUGUGACUUUUCUUGAGUUAAUAAAAGGCUCAUCAAAGGGA